AUGGCGACGUUGGGAAGGUUCGACCAGUUCAUGGAGGACGGUGACGAAGAUUUUCAGUCCUACGUGGAGCGGUUCGACCACUUCCUGAAGCCCUCCCAGGUGAGCGACGACCUGAAGGUGUCAGUGUUCAUAACGGCAAUAGGAAAGAAGGCCUACAAAACUCUGAAAACGUUGCUGGAGCCAGAAAAGCCAGAAAACAAGACGUACGCACAGUUAGUACAGACACUGAAAGAGCAGUACGUUCCCAAAACUUCCGUGAUUGCCGAGCGUUUCAAAUUCAAUCGUUGUUUCCAACAAGAUGGGCAAGCGGUGACAGCCUUCGCUGUAGAGCUGAAGCGGUUGGCGACAUCCUGUGAUUUCGGAACGUUUCUGGACGACGCUCUUCGCGACCGGUUUGUGGCAGGACUUUGUGACAAAGAAACACAAGCAGAGCUGCUAAAGACAAGCAAGUUGGCUUUUAAAGAGGCCUGCGAUAUCGCUAGGAGUAUCGAGUUGGCCCGGAAAGAAAGCCAGGAUUUUCAGCCCAAGUCGGCGCAAGGAAUGAUCAGCGCCCUUAACCAAGAUAGCGGGAAACGCCCACCACGCUGGAGAGAAGAAACUUCGGGGAUGCCUGCUGGCACCAGAGGGGCGGAACCACUGCACUGUUUCCGAUGCGGCUCAGAGCAUGAAGCAUCUAUCUGCAAAUUUCGCAAGUACCGUUGUCGGGUGUGUAAACGGGUUGGACACUUAGCGAAGAUGUGUAGGGACAGAGACAACAAGUGGCUCCUCGUGCUGGUGGAUGCACACUCCAAGUGGGUGGAGGUGUUUGUGAUGAAUUCAACAACGACCGAGAAGACCGUCGAGAGGCUGCGUGAGGUGUUCGCAUCGUAUGGCCUUCCAGAGGAGGUUGUUACGGACAACGGGCCUCAGUUCACGGCAAAGAGUUUCACAGAGUUCCUGCUUAAGGGACUCUGGGUCCGAAGCCCCUCCUACGAGCCCCCGUCCCCUUCCGGUUCGUGCGUCUGCCAGGUCUGCUACCGCACCGCCGGAGCCACCCUGAGACUCAGCUCCCUCGGAGCAACCAAAUGCAAGUCCACAUCAAGGCUCUGCCCCGGCAGCGUCCCCUCUGCGAAUAGCUGCGUCUCCUCUAGGUGCUCACUCUUCGACGCAGUGCUCGUACAAGAAAACCUCCCGAUGAGAGGCGCACUGGAACAGGGCUCUGUCAACCUGCACAGUCUUGAUAAUUUCUGCGGAGCGGAAAAUGCUACCUCCACACCCGCCUUCUGA